CGCAGGUCUUGGAACAACGUGCCCAGAUCUUGAAAUCGCGCGGCUUGGACCAGGAGCUGCAUCUUAAUCUUGUCCAAAGCCAACUUGGCAGAUUAUGGAAAUCGAAUGACAAAGCCACUUUCGACAAUAUUGUGAAACAACUAGCUCGUCCAGAAUUUGCGCCAAAUGGUAGCUCGAUGCGAGUCCUUUUCAAUCGGAUCACUUUCGAGGUCAUGAGAGAACGUAAAGAUGACGCCCCGUUUGAUACCUCUCAAAAACCUGCGAAUGUGCCCACUUCAACCCCGAAACAAAUCAAAAUGUUGAGCCUCUUGGCGAGUUUGAAGAAUCAAGAAGGCUUUAAAGACAUUCUCGAGGAAUUAGCCGAUCACCUUUACUUCUCCAUUUUUGGCAAGUCCAAGCUCUAUGUGAAGUCGAUGUUCCAAGCGUGUUCCCUCGUCAGAUUCUUCCUCCUCCUCCUUCGAAUAGGAGGUUUGGAAGAGCGAUGUCGGUUAUUCAUCUACGAUGCCCUAUUCUUCAAGAGUGUUCGUAAUCACGUGUUCAUGCUCACCGCCAUCGAAGUCUGGCCCGAGGUUUUAAAGUGGACAGGCUUGGCUCAAAACGAGAUCAUCUUGGAUCCCAUCUUAGAGGCCAUGGUCUGGAUGAUCUACAACACGGGAUUGGGUGGAAGCGAAAUCACGCUAAAGGUUUUUGAGGCCAGAAAUGCUCUGAGAAAUGUGUGUAGACUUCCCAAUCCGGAAUGCUCCGCGACAGAUAUGAUAAAAAAGUUCCUCCGCAUUGGCCUCCAAUCCAAGGACAAGCCGCAUCUUUUAGAUUCCUUGAAUCGAGCAAUUCUUCUCGUCUCGCGAUCACAAGACUAUCAGUGGAACCACAACAACCUCAUUCGACCUCUCCUUGAGCUCGUUGGGAAAUCGUGUCAAGAGGAUGAUGAUGAAUCCCAAACUGUUUUAUGCUGGGCGAUCGAAGCCAUUGGAUUGACCUCUCGAUGCUAUCCAGCUGAGGCAAGGAAACACCUGGAGCACAUCUUUGAAGCUCUGGCUAAACUUUUGGACUCUCACAAAUUAAAUGCCCGAGGAGAGGGGAUCUGUCUUUUGGCUCUGCUUAGGGUUGGACAUCAUCUGCAGUUGCAAGUGGCCAAGUUCUUGGUGAAAUGGAAACCUCGCAAUGUGAUUGGAUUGGACGUGUUCGAAGUUGUGUCCAAUUUCUUGGGAACCAGAGCCAAAAAGUUCACCACGAAGACCAUUGAAAUCAGCCGAUACUCAGAGAAUCGCUCAAAAAAAAAGCGGUUGAAUAGCUCACUGUAAUCAAUUAAAAGCGUGCCCUCAAAUAUAGUGCUCAGCGUUUAAGUUUU